AUGUCGGGGCGGCGGGAGGAGGCGCUGCCCGCCUGCUUCGCGGGGCUGGGCGCGGGCAGCCCGCGGCCGCGGCAGAAGCGCGGCGGCAUGUUCUGCAGCGUGGAGGACGCCUUCGACAACAAGACGCUGGACUUCGCCUCGCUCGGCGCCCCCGGCCCCGGGACCCCCUCCGGCGGGCACCGCCGCGCCCGCGACCCCGGCCCCGCCGCGCCCGCGCCGUCCCCGGGGGCCGCCGCCGCGGGAGAGCCGCCCGACGGCUGCCGGCAGAGCGACCGGCUUCUAAUCAAAGGAGGAAAAAUUGUCAACGAUGAUCAGUCAUUCUAUGCGGACAUUUAUGUGGAAGAUGGUUUAGUAAAACAAAUUGGAGAAAACCUGGUUGUUCCUGGGGGUGUGAAGACAGUCGAUGCCUACGGCCAGAUCGUGAUGCCAGGGGGGAUCGACGUCCAUACCAGACUGCAGAUGCCCGUCAUGGGGAUGACCUCUGCCGAUGACUUCUACCAAGGCACCAAAGCAGCCCUGGCAGGAGGCACCACAAUGAUCAUUGACCACGUCUGCCCGGACGCUGGGACCAGCCUCCUGGCUGCCUACGAGCAGUGGCGCGGGAGCGCCGACAGCCAGGCCUGCUGCGAUUACUCGCUGCACGUCGACAUCCCUCGCUGGCACGAAAGCCUGAAGGAGGAGCUGGAAGCCCUGGUGAAGGACAAGGGUGUGAACUCCUUCCUGGUUUUUAUGGCCUACAAAGACAAACUUCAGUGCACCGAUGCCCAGAUGUACGAAAUAUUCUGCAUUAUUCGAGACCUGGGGGCCAUUGCCCAAGUGCAUGCUGAAAACGGAGACAUCAUCGAUGAGGAGCAAAAGAGGCUGCUGGAACUCGGCAUUAGCGGGCCGGAAGGGCACGUCCUCAGCCGCCCCGAGGAGGUGGAAGCGGAGGCAGUGUACCGUGCAAUUACCAUCGCGAAACAAGCCAACUGCCCCUUGUACAUCACCAAAAUAAUGAGCAGAGGUGCAGCAGAUGUCUUAGCUCAAGCAAAGAGAAAAGGCACGGUCGUGUAUGGAGAGCCCAUUACCGCCAGCCUGGGCACCGACGGGUCGCACUACUGGAGUAAAAACUGGGCCAAAGCCGCAGCCUUCGUCACGUCUCCCCCCAUCAGCCCGGACCCCACCACGCCGGAUCAUCUCACCUCCCUCUUGUCCUGCGGGGACCUGCAGGUUGCGGGCAGCGCUCACUGCACCUUCACCACCGCGCAGAAGGCAGUGGGGAAGGACAACUUCACCCUCAUCCCCGAGGGAACCAACGGCAUCGAAGAGCGGAUGUCGAUAAUUUGGGAAAAGUGUGUGGUCUCCGGGAAGAUGGAUGAGAACGAUUUUGUAGCGGUGACCAGUACCAAUGCUGCCAAGAUCUUCAACUGCUACCCCAGGAAGGGGCGCGUCGCUGUGGGCGCUGACGCAGACUUGGUUUUGUGGAACCCCAAGGCUACUAAAAUCAUCUCAGCAAAAACCCACAAUCUGAACGUGGAGUACAACAUAUUUGAAGGCACCGAGUGCCACGGUGUUCCGACCGUGGUCAUAAGUCAAGGAAGAAUUGUUCUUGAAGAUGGAAACCUGUUUGUCACCCAGGGGUCAGGUCGCUUCAUUCCUAGAAAGACGUUCCCUGAUUUUGUUUAUAAAAGGAUAAAGGCAAGAAACAGGCUGGCCGAAGUCCACGGCGUCCCCAGAGGGCUGUACGACGGACCAGUCCACGACGUCCUCGCGAGCGCCAAAGCCGUGGCCCCCACCCCGGCGUCCAGGAUCGCGCCCUGCGCCGGCAAAGCCCAGGCUCCUCCCGUGCGCAACCUCCACCAGUCGGGGUUCAGCUUGUCCGGGUCGCAGGCAGACGACCACGUCGCCAGACGCACGGCUCAGAAAAUCAUCGCCCCGCCGGGUGGACGGUCCAACAUCACCUCGCUGUCCUGA